ACUUUCUCAUUGUCUUCUUGAUAUUGUAAAAAGGAGAGAGGAGAAGAAAGCAAAGUAGUGUUAGAGGAGAUGGAGCAAGAGAGCCAAAACGGUGCGUAUGAUGGUAGAGUUAUGACGGAGGAGCAAAUGGAGACUCUCCGUAAGCAAAUCGCCAUUUACGCCGUUAUUUGUGACCAGCUCGUCCUCCUCCACAACUCUCUCUCUUAUUUCCCUCCUCUCUCAUCAGGGAUGAAUCCAAUGGACGGCGGAUACUUUGAUCCGAUGGUGGCGUCUUCAAGCGCUCAUGGAAUGUCGACUCGGCAUCGAUGGACUCCAACGUCGACGCAACUUCAGAUUCUCGAGAACAUUUACAAGGAAGGAAGUGGAACACCAAAUCCGCGGAGGAUUAGAGAGAUCACUACGGAGCUGUCUGAACACGGGCAAAUCACUGAGAAAAAUGUUUAUAAUUGGUUUCAAAACCGACGAGCUCGGUCCAAACGAAAGCAGGCUCAGACGACGACAAUGACUGCUCAGGCAGAUGAUACGGUGGUGACUGCUGAAGAUAGAAGGAGUUGUGGAGAUUCUGGAGGAGGGUUUGAGUCUUAUGAGCAUAUACUCUUCCCAAGUCCUGAUUUAGGGAUUGAGCAUUUGUUGAGUAGGGACAAGUUUAUGGAGAGCUAAAUUCAUAGACUGACGUGAAAUGAAGAUGAAGUAUUCUAAACUCUUCUCUCUGUUUUCAUUAGACUAAAGAAAAUAUUCGAUUGUCUCAAUAAAAGUAUGCUAUUGUG